AUGGGUUCUUCUCGGGCUAUCAUUGAGCUGAGUUUCGUCAGACCCAAUCUAACACGAGUUUCAACCCCGAGAAAAAAGUCCCUUUCUCGUCAUCAUAUAAACGACAGACAGGGCGAAGCUUAUUAUUGGUGUAGAAGUAAGGGCCUCUUGGUCGUGGUGCGGGGUAGUGAUGAUGACACCUUGAAGGAAUACGUUACGAUCAUAAACGUGACAGUCAUCCAGCUUGUUCAAGUAUGCCUUCAGCCACGCUCGGCUGAUCGGUACACCGUCAUGGUUCGCAAGAACGGUUACGAGUAG